CACUCGUGAUAGGCAAUCUAUUCUACCAAAAGUCUCAAUCGCUCUUGAUCGCUAGUUUCUACAUAGUCUCCAGAGUAACCAAAUGCAUCAUGUCUUUCCUUUUAACGUUGUUUGGUUUGACUGUCGGAGUCAUUGUUGCUAGAAUGAUUGAAUACUUGAUAAGAAGACCCUACAUCGAUAAUAUCACAAAGGACAAGUAUGUCUUCAUCACUGGUUGCGACACGGGAUUCGGUAAUAAGCUCGCUAAGCAGCUUGACAUCAUGGGUGUUCACGUGAUCGCCGCGUGUCUGACAGAGAAAGGUCGCACUGACCUUGAUGACGUCACUUCUGACCGGGUCAAGACCUUAAUCUUGGACGUCACUGACCACGAAAGUGUCCUCAGAGCAUAUGAAGAAUUGAAAAAGAUUAUACCGCAUAAAGCAGCGCUCUGGGGCGUUGUCAAUAACGCUGGAAUCUCUAACCUUGCCGGCUAUCUUGAAUGGACAAGACGAGAGGACUACGAGAAAGUUUUGGCGGUAAACCUGUUUGGUGUCGUCGACGUUACUCUGACGUUCUUACCGCUGCUCAAGGAAAGCAGCGGUCGAUUGGUCAACGUCGCCAGUAGCGCAGGGAGAGUAUCCGCUUUACCCGGGGGUUACUGUGAGUCUAAAUUCGCCGUGGAAGCCUUUUCGGACGCUGUUCGGAGAGAGCGCAAGCAUUUCGGCUACCUCUUCAAAGUGAGCAUCAUUGAACCUGGAUUCUUUGCGACUCCUCUGGCCUCAAAGGAUAACUUAUCACGAAGUGUCACAGCUGCAUGGGAACGGCUUUCUGAUGUUCAGAAGAAGGAGUUCCCGGAAUCCAUGCUACAUGAAUUCGUCGAUGAAAAGUCCUCCCUAAUCAGCUCCAUGGCAACAACCGACCUCUCGAAAGUGACUGACGUCAUCGAGCAUGCGCUGUUCUCCAAGUGGCCUAAGACGAGAUAUGCUGUAGGGUGGGAUGCAAAGAUGGUCUGGGUGCCAAUGUCGUAUAUGCCAUCCUGGAUUCAAGACAGACUCUGCCCUUAAUGAAACUUAACACAUUGCAUACGGGAAUCGGGUUUGCGCUAUAUGAAGCCUGUGGAAAUGAGAGUAUCUGGUAGUCAGGUGCUUACAAUUAAGAAAAAAAUGUUAGCAAAGACUCUUAAAAAUGUGUCGUGCCCGUAAUGUAAUUCAAAGAGUUAUCCUGAAGGCUGCGGCAAUGAUGUUGAUUGCUAUCUAUUUUCCUUUCCAGAUGGUACAAUAACUAAGUGUAUUUAAUAUCUUUAGCGCAGUACCCGGAUGACUAAUCAACAUUGUUUUCGUAUUGCUCUGUCAUCCGGGAACUGUAUUAUUUCGCUAGUCAGCCUGAUAUAAAUAAUAAUAAUAUUACUAUUGUAUGACUUUGUUUUCGUGUGAUACUUUAUAAAUAUUGCUCUCGCUGUGACAAUAUAUUAUUGUGUCACACUCAAAGCCAUCAAAUAUUAUAUAAAUAUUUGACAGCCUGUGCGAUACUCUUAGAUAUAACUAGUAGUACGAAUAUAUAAGCAUCUGAGCUGAUCUAGAGGGUUUGCCGUUAUCGAUGGGAAUCCAUUGGGGAGGGCUAUUUUAUCUUCCAUUUCUUGAGGAAUGUGGGGGGUGGGGGGGGGGGGGUAUUCGGCAUAAUUGUCGGCUGUAGUCAUCAUUUAUUCAUUGUUCUGAAACAACCAAUGUAGGUAUCACGUGAAAAUUGUACGUGUCAGGAGAAAAUUUGUCAUUUAAUUCAAAUUAAUAUUCCGUAUUUUCAUUACAAUUGAAGGACCCGUCGUAAUAUAAUUAAAUGCCAUGUUACUCAUACUCAGUGAAAAAGAAUCAUUUGCUUUAUUAAAUAGUAAAUAUUUACUCUAUUUUAA